AUGGACAACAAACUUGAGCCCGUCCAGUUGACGCCCAAAUGGAGCCAGCUGCCCUCACCAGAAGAGGUUCGCGCACAAGGCGAUGCUCAGCAUCUUUUGGGAAUCAAUCCGGACAAGAGAAAGGUCUACUACCCGGACCCCCCUUACGUAUCACCCCCUCCUGUGCUAUUCGAGAAUAUGAGACUGUUUGUCAAAUGGGGGAGCAGCGUGAGAGUCUCAGAGGCUCAGUGUCUGUAUGCUAUCCGCCGAUUUCUUCGAGACAAUGUUCCAGUCCCUGAGGUAUAUGGCUGGCGUACAGAUGGAGACGAGAAGUUCAUUUAUAUGGAAUAUACAGAGGGACAAACUCUGGAAAAAGUGUGGGAUAUGAUGGAACCUGACGAUCGGGUUUCGAUUUGCCGGGAACUUCGAACAAUCGUUGAUAAUUUACGCCGACUGGAACAGGACCCGUCUGAUCCAUUUAUAGGCAAUGUAGUACGUGCGUCUCUCUAUGACAGAGCAUUCCAUUUAAGUUACAUGUCAGAAGCUGGGCCAUUUGCGACUGUCCGUGAUUUUCACGAAUGGUUCACGUUUCUCCCCCGACGGCGAAUGUCGGAUCCAUACUCAGUCCCGGUCGAACCAUUUCGCCAUGACUUGCCUGACAACAGUACAAUCAAGUUUACCCAUGGCGAUCUCCACCGAAGCAAUAUCAUUGUAACACUGUUUCCCCCAUACCGUAUUCUGGCCAUUAUCGAUUGGGAGCAAUCCGGCUGGCUACCUGCCUAUUGGGAGGCCCGCAAGGCACAGUAUACUGCCCACUGGCGUGAGGAAUGGUCUGUUCGGUAUUUGCCCAUGAUUUUGGAUCCGUAUACCAGCACUUGGGAGCCGUGGGACUGGUAUACGGGUUCUAUGGGAUGCUAG